GAAUAUAGAUGUUACCUAUCAUAAUCUUCUUGUUUUUUGUAUUUUGAUUAUCGCAUUAUUUUGUUUCUCUUAUUUCUUUCUUCUAGUCUCUUAUUUUUUUUAAGAGAAUACCCAAUUAACCCUUGAAUCAUUGCCACGUAGGCACUACAGUAUUAAAAUUAUAUUUUUAAUUAAUUCAGAUAAUAGAUUCGAGGUGUGUCAUAAUCUUUUUGGAUAUAGUUCAGCUGUAAUUGGGUAUUAUCUCUAUUUUUUAUGUUUAGAUUAUCACACCAUUUUAGUGUUCUAGUUUUCUUUUUAGACUUUGCACAGUUUUUCUUGUUAGUGGUUAUAUUUUCUUCACUAUUUCCUUAUUCUUUGUAUUUUUUGGAUUUGCUGAACUUGAGUUGAGUUUCUUUUAGAAAGAGUCAGUCACGGCAGAAUUCUCUUUGGAGAUUCAAAAUAUAAACAUAUGGACUAGUCGAAGGUUCAAUAUUUACUAUAUAUACAUAAAAUAAUAUAUUUGAUCAUGUAAAAAUAGUAUAAAAAUAAUAUAAUUUUCCAUGAAUCCCUGGAUCAAAGGUAUCUCUGACACUGGAAACAACCUCUCUAUCUCCGGGAGUUAUUUGGUAAGGUCUUGCAUAUACUCUGUCUUCCUCAGACCUCACUUGUGGGAUUUCACCAAUUUUGGAAAUAGACGGUGAUCGGAGAUGGGGAAGUGUUAUCCAACGGUGAGUGAAGAGUAUCAGAAGGCUGUUGAGAAAUGUAAGAGAAAGCUCAGAGGACUUAUUGCUGAGAAGAAUUGUGCUCCUAUUAUCCUUCGAUUGGCGUGGCAUUCAGCAGGGACAUAUGAUGUCAAAACCAAAACUGGCGGUCCAUUUGGGACAAUCAGGCACCCUGAUGAACUUAAACAUGGAGCCAACAAUGGUCUUGACAUUGCCGUUCGACUUUUGGAGCCAAUCAAGGAGCAAUUUCCAAUCCUAUCCUAUGCCGACUUUUAUCAGUUGGCAGGAGUAGUUGCUGUUGAAGUUACUGGAGGCCCUGAUAUUCCCUUUCACCCUGGGAGACAGGACAAGACACAACCACCUCCAGAAGGCCGCUUGCCUGAUGCCAAAAAAGGCUCGGAUCAUCUGAGGGAGGUUUUUGGACACAUGGGGCUGAGCGACAAAGACAUUGUUGCUUUAUCUGGUGGUCACACACUGGGAAGAUGCCACAAAGAACGCUCGGGGUUUGAGGGUGCAUGGACCAACAACCCUCUCGUAUUUGAUAAUUCCUAUUUCAAGGAGCUCCUGAGUGGAGAGAAAGAAGGUCUCCUUCAGCUACCAUCAGACAAAGCACUCCUAGAUGAUCCAGUAUUCCGUCCUCUUGUUGAAAAAUACGCUGCAGAUGAAGAUGCCUUCUUUGCUGACUAUGCUGAAGCUCAUUUGAAGCUCUCGGAGCUUGGAUUUGCAGAUGCAAAGUAAGGUGUGGUGAGACGGUGUUUCAAAUGGCUCUGGAGAUCUAUUCUGGUUCUCCAAUUUGUCAUCUGUACUAUGUAUUUAAAACUUUUAAAAGGUCUAAGACCAACUUUUCCUAUAUUAUAUGUGAAGAAUAUUGUCUGGCUUUUGAGUCUUGUAAUAAUCAUGCUAACUCUUGUCUUUAUGGUUAUUACUAUUAUAUUAUGUUAGGUAAGAUAGUCUGUUAUUAUAAUAAUCUUGUAUUUCUGAUUUAUUAGUGAGUUAUAGUCUGUUAUUAUAAUAAUUUUGUACUUUUGAGUUAAUAUUGAGUUCAAAGUGAGGCGAAUCCG